AUGUCCGUUUACCGUUCGCCGUGCUGGGUCGAGAUCCCAAGACACAUCACCAUCUCACAGCUUAUGCAACACAAUAUCGAGAAUACAGCGCCCGAGAAAACCAUCUUUGAGGAAGCAAUUUCCGGGAAAACAGUCACUUAUGGAUCUUUUCACUAUCAGAUACGCACAACCGCUCAACUGCUCCGCAAUGUGGUCGGACUCCAACCAGGGCAGAUUGUGUCCAUUCUCUCUUCAAGCCGGAUCGAUUGCAUUUUAACAGCUCACGCGGUCUGGUGGGCAGGGGGAGUCGUCAGUCUGAUCAACAACGCGUUGACUGUCGAUGAAAUUCGCCACGCCGUCGAUAUGGUCGAGCCAACUUUCAUAGUCAUCGAUGAAACACUUUUUCAAAAGUUGCCAGAAGUUUUGAAAAUUUCCACACAUGACCAGAAACGGCCCUUGCAAGUUUACACCAUUGGACCAAAAAGUACGGAGUGGCCCGAACUACCAAUGGGCUCCAGCUCCGUGAGCACCAUUGGUGAGCCUUCCCGGGAGGAGGGUCCUUGGAGCCUUGACGGACAGAGAAGUGACGAAAUUUGUGCUGCUGUUCUUCUUUCAAGCGGCACCACGGGCUCUCCGAAGGCUGUGAUGCUCUCGCAUUACAAUCUUGUCGCCAUGUGCAAUCAACUACGCUCGGACAAUCCAGACAACUGGAGAGGUAGUCAAAGAGAGGUUUUUUUCCCUCCACUCUCCCAUGUCUAUGCACUAUACGCGGUAUUCACGACGUGCGUCUGGGUUGGAGCCUUCGUGUGCCUCAUGCCACGUUUUGACUUGCGCCGGUAUUGUCAGCUGAUGCAAGACCGUAAGGCCACAUUGGCAAGACUGGUUCCUCCUGUCGCAAAAAUGUUGGCAGAGAACCCGGUGGUGAAGCAAUACCGGUACCCAUGUCUGGAAUACUUCAGCUGCUCCGCUGCGCCGUUGCAUUAUGUACCACUGUUGGAGAUGGCUUCGGGCAAAUUCAUACUAAACCUAGCUGCAGCAUAUGGGUGCACAGAGCUAUCUGGGCCCAGCAUUCACAGUGGCGUGCGAGAUGUAAAGCUCCCGCUGACAGCUGCCGGAACACCGAUCGCCAAUACGGAGAUACGAUUUCUGGAUGAGGAUGGUAAGGAUGUCGGUGCCAGAGGUCCAGGAGAGAUUACGUGUCGCGGGCCAAAUGUCAUGAUGGGAUAUAAACAGGCUGGAGGUGGCAUUGUGAAAGACUAUUUCGAAGACGGAUGGUACAGGACAGGCGAUCUGGGAUACAUCGACAAUGAUGGUUUCCUGUUUGUCUAUGAUCGAAUCAAGGAUGUUAUCAAAUACAAAGGGUUUCAAGUAUCUCCCUCAGAGCUAGAGAGAAUCCUCCUCCGCCAUCCUCUUGUCGACGAGGCAGUGGUUAUUGGUACCUGGCACGACGACGAGGCCACAGAAGUGCCUCGGGGUUUUGUCACAUUGAAAAACAAGCUUGGCCUGGACCCCGCAGAAAAAGAGAGGUUUACGAAGUCUAUCGCUGAAUUCGUUGACUCCAAGGUCAGUUCGUACAAGAAGCUACGUGGAGGCGUCGUCAUUCUUCGCGAACUGCCAAAGAACACUACCGGCAAAGUGCUGAGACGAGAGCUCAAGGCAUGGAGUAGGCCGCGCGCGGAGAUGGGAACACCAAGACUAUAG